GAGGAAGGUCGCGCACGGAAUCCAAACCGUUAUUUUGUGUACAUAACCUAACCUAGCCGAGUAGGUAGUAGGUUUAAUUGUUAAUUACACGGCGCGCGAUUUCUCACGAUUUCUGCGGAAGACAACUUGUGCGAUCGGUUUUUGUGUUAAUUAUAACUGCCGUAUAGUGUGUAGGACUGUUCGAAGAUGAGGGAUCCUGGAGCCGCCCUCAGCAUUAUUGGUGUAGUUUUUGGCGGUGGAGGUGGCCCUUGUUGAUAUCUUCUCGGGUACGACGAACUACGGGAACCUUUCCGUCGACGAAUUCGGUCCGGUACAGUUCAAUCCCGUUCUAGGGCGGAUUUUUAUUUUGUUUUUUUUCGUGUUUUCCUUUUUUGUUUAAAGUUUGAACGCGAGCGUGUCCUAAAGCAUAACGGUCUAUUUUUAACUCAGCACGGCAACCUCGUAGAACAUUUUCCACUAUCCCCGCCGGCCUUUCCUUCGUCCUUUUUUUGGGGAGCAAGGAUUCGUUCAGGUUGACAUAGACACACGUAUCUUGACAGAGCGAGACAAGAAGAAAAACGCGCGCGAAAGCUCAAAUUCAUCCAACAUCCUAAGUAGCAGCACCGAAACCUGUUUUCGGAGAAAUAAAAGUUGCUACGCUAAGGUCAGAGCCUAGAAAAUCGGGAACCCAGUCCACCCAGUCCCAACUUCAAGCGCCCAAACGCCCCAACGAAAGGAAUAUAAAACGCGACGACGAGCAACGGAAAACGGCAAAGUUUUAUCGAUUCUGAACAUUAAAAACAAACACCACAUUACUGUGACCUCCAUCCUGGCUCACGCUCCAUCCUGGGGCCGUUUCCGAUCAUCUUCGAGAAGCUCCAAAGGAACUCCUUUGUGGAUUUCCACCAGGACACCACAAUUUGACUGCCGCCGUCUUUAAAACUUUUCCCGAGAAGAUUACCAGUACCGAGAAGAAGAAGAAAAAGUGAAAAAAUCAUUAAUCUCCCAAAAUUGCAAGUGUUGCUUCUGUGAAAACGUGCAAAUCUACCCAAGAAAGAGAAAAAAAUUAAACCAGUGUGCUUCAGUGAAACGAUAAAUUGUGUGCAUCACCACCCGUCGAACAAAAUCCAAAUAAAUAUUAAGGGUAAUUUACCGAGGAGCCAGAAAAAAAUAUACAUGAAAAGUACCCCCCAAGUGUUCCACCCCCAUUAAGCCCCAAGUGCCCUCGCAAUUUAGAAUUCAUCGGAAAGCCUAAACAGCACCAACAACAACAACAACAACAACAACCAAGCAGAAGAAAAAAACGAAAUCGGGAACGGCACACACCUAAUAGGAUUUCGAAUAUGAAUCUUAGCCACGAAACGCGCAGAGGAUUAUGAAUGCAGUUUCCUUAUUUAGUGUUUUCUUCUACCUGUCAUCAGCGCUAUGGAUAAACGCGGUUGCCGGAGCAUUAACUCAUGGACCUCAAAGCGACGGUAAAAGCUACGAUAAGAAUGUUAAACCAGCCUCCCAAACCGAUGUGUCAGUGUCGCUCUACAUCAACCGGAUAUCGGGGGUGGACGAGAACAAGGAGGAGAUCUCGAUCGACGUCUUUCUGCAGGUCAUCUGGGAGGACAACCGGCUGGCACCGGUGGAGGAUUCGUCCCUGACCAAGCAGUACGUGGAGCUGACGCUGGCCGAGCGGGACACCGUCUGGGUGCCGGACCUGUACAUCCGGCAGCUCCGGGAGAUGAAGGUGAUGUCCCUGCUCGAGGAGCUGUCCAGCCUGCGGUUGUACAAAAACAGCACCCUUGUGCUGAGUAUAGGAGCUACAAUAAUAUUCAAAUGUGAUAUGGACUUUGUUCUGUAUCCGUUAGACGUACAAAGAUGCCCAGUAGAUUUUAGCAGCUACAAAUAUAGCGUUAAGGAAAUGCGCUUCCGGUGGCGAAACGACAACGCCCUCACCUUCCCGAAAGAUUUUGGCGACGGGUUCUUCCGGCUGCCAAAGUACGUCGUCUCGUUCUUCACCGAGCCCGAGCCCCAGAUAAUCCACUACGGAGACGGUAAGACGAUCCAUAAUCACAGCUCGGCCCGACUGGAGAUCACCCUGUCUCGGGAGGUCAAGAGCUAUCUGCUCGAGAACUACCUGCCCUCGACGUUGUUCGUGUCGAUGUCCUGGGGCUCCUUCGUAGUGGUUCCGGAGAUUGUCCCCGGCCGAAUGGUGCUCCUGGUGACGACGCUGCUCUCACUCAUCACCAUGUUCGAUACGGUUCGCAAUAAUUCCCCGGACGCACUGGAACUCAAGUGUCUCGAGGUGUGGCUCAUAUCAUGCACCUUGUUUGUGUUUUUUGCCCUGAUGGAGUACUUCAUAGUGCUGUUCGGGAUCCGAUACGAUAAGCACUGGCGCGUGGUGGCCAAACAGUCUCACGCUACCCACGUGGCACCUCCGGCAGUUCAACUCCAAUCGACGCUGAGUCUUGGACCGAACACAGUCGAGACACCGAUGAACUCAACGCACUCUCGGGAGCGAGAAAACGGACUGGAGAGCGCCGGCCUCAAAAUCCCGAGCGGCGGAGGAGCCACCAACAAAAUUCAACCGCAAGAAGCCGACCCUUCGAGGAUCAGCCCCCUCAGCCGGUCGGGCAGCUUCCAGAACGCCCAGCAGGUGACUUCCGUGAUGACCAGAAGACGUGUUCACAGCUUCCGCAAUGUGGCAGACGUGGCGCUGAUGUACGCUGGAUCGCAGCGUGGCCGCUUGGACCAAAUCUCGCUGAUAAUCUUCCCGCUAAGCUUUCUCAUUUUUACAAUCGCCUACUGGACAAUGUACAUUAGCGAAUCGAACCGGAAGAAACUUUGAGCUUUAUACAAAACUACAAUGAGCAACUUUAUACCAGGUGCCCAUACAGCAAGUACUUAUAAGCAGUCAGUAAGCAGAAAACAAAUCUAUUUAUAUACCAUGAACAAACAAACCAACAAAAAAAAACACACCCUGCAUCUAGCUAUAAGAAUAAAAGCAGCUUAGUUUUCGAAACUGGAAAAACACAAAACUUUAGAAUCGAAAUUCCAAUAAAAAAGACAAAAAAAAACGAAUCAUAAUUUUAGCAUAUCGAUCAGACGUUUAUACAAAAACUAAAGUAUGGUUGCAUUUAAAAUCGUAAGACAAAAAAAACUGUUUUCCUUACCAAUCAAAUCUAAAUCUAAACAACAACAACAAUCUCACCAAAUUGCCUUUCAAGAAAGCAACUAGAAUGUACAGCAUUGUUAACAUUAUUAUCAAGCGCAUAUCGACUACUAACAGAGUAUAUCUAUACUUAAGCGUAAGCGUUCGGUUUUCCAUUAGUUAAGAGUUUAUGAAUUCGUUGGCCUCGUUUUCUAUUACGAAUCUAUUACAUAACUAUAUAUAUUAUACCAGUUACAAUCAAUCAUUCAUCUAGUCAAAAUUUGAUUAUGAACAGAAAAAAAAUCAAAAAUCUAAAUCUAUUUUAAAUAAA